CAAAAGCAGCAACCAAGCUCACCACCAACAUCUCUGCUCAGCAUUUUGCUCGAAAGUCACCUACCUACACACACAUACCAAUAUACCAUGGCGCCAUCAGUGGCCUGCUCCUUCUUCUUCGACAAUGAGCUGCUCGGCGAGCCCGGCAUGCCAGCGAUGGACGCGUGCGCGCUCUGCGCCAAGCCGCUGGCGCGCGACCACGACGUCUUCAUGUACAGAGGGGACACGCCCUACUGCAGCGAGGAGUGCCGCCACGAGCAGAUGCACCUCGACGCCGUCUAUGCCAAGCAGGCCGCGCGGAGGCAGCAGCGGUUCUCGGCGGGGACGGAGUCCCACCGUGGGCAGCGGCAGUCCAGCAAGGUGUCCGUCGCGAGCUAAGCGGCCGGCCUGGCCGAGGAAAGUUUUGUUCGAAUAGACAAGAUCUGAAUUCUGAAGAAAACAACAUCCGUGGGCAUCUGAUGUCUCCGUCUCUCCGGCCGCUGCGGAGGAAGCAUCAGGUGGCACGAAGCAUAGGUGCCUGUAGCUUCCCAUACAUGUCCAUGGCAAGCUGAUUAAGCUGCCGGAUGAAAUUGUACUUGUUCUCGGUCGGCCUGUCCUGUGCCGAUGAAUUAUUUGAUUAGAAACAAAAAAACAGAAAGAAAAAUUUGGAUCGCUCGUCUGCACAAUCUCUUAUAUUUGUUCC